GUCACUGAUUGGUUAAAUGAAAACGUCACCGGUUGUUGAACGCGGAAGUAUGUUGGCUAACGUUAAUAGUGGGACGGGACAAUGAGCCUUGCUAGUCUAUAUUUUUAUGUUAUAAUAAAGGAUUUGUGACGUUCAGAAGCGUAAUUAGACAGGGCUCACUGAAGUGCAGACAUGGAGGUGCCCUGCUACCUGCCCAAACUGCUGCUGGAGCUCAAUGAGCAGCGGAAGCGGGACUUCUUCUGUGACUGCAGCAUCCUUGUCGAGGGCCGUGUUUUCAAGGCCCAUCGUAAUGUGUUGUUUGCUGGGAGUGGCUAUUUCCGGGCUCUUCUGGUUCACUAUCUGCAGGAUAGUGACCAACGCUACAGCACAGCAUCGCUGGACAUUGUAACAGCCGAUGCUUUCUCAAUUAUCCUGGACUUUCUCUACUCCGGCCGCCUGGCAUUAAACAGAAGCAAUGUUAUUGAGGUGAUGUCAGCAGCCAGCUACCUGCAAAUGACUGAUCUGGUGAACUUCUGUAAAGGAUACAUCCGCUCAUCUUUGGAAAUAUGCAACAAGGAGAAGGAGAGGAGCACAGAGAAAGAGGACAAGGCACAGGAUGGAGGCAUGGGCCCUGCAGACAGCGGCACUCCAGCUGUGGCAAUCUCCAGUGUUGCGGGAGCUGCAGAGCCUCAUUCACAGGUUGCAGAGGCAGAUAGGGGAUCAGGUUUAGGUACAGAGUCUGUGACCUCAGCUAGAACUCCCCUGUCUAUCCCUGUGGCCACUCCACCAGGAACCAGCAGGGACAUGGACAGCGGCUACCAUUCCAGGGAGGAGUUUCCAUCUGGGAGUGAAGGACAGAAGGGACAUAUGGAUCAGACAAACCUCUCAUCCUCCUCAUCCUCUGCUUUGACCCCAGAAUUAGUGAACCCCAAGAUAGAGUACGACCCUGAUGAGGAGCUUAUGGAGUCCCCUGACACCAAAGACCUUGCCUCAUAUCCUGGGCCCUCUCUGCAUAACCCUCAUCACAGCAGGCUACUUCCCCCAAGUCCCUCUCCCUCCAACGAGCGCUCCCCCCUCGGGUACAGCCCAUCUUUUAAUGCCAGGCAGCUGAUGGAGAUGCUAGCCAGAGGUGAAGGCCCCAGUCCUCUGGGGGACAGAGUGGGACAGCGCUUUACCCAAGGACUAGGUAGCAGCACGGGAGGAGGCAGAAUGGAUGAAAGUUUAGGGUUUGUGGGAUCAUCUAUCAUGGAGAUUCAGUCUGACUGGCUUGGAGAGGACACAGGCGAUGGCUUGGUAGUGCCAGUGAAACUCCACAAGUGCCCGUUCUGCCCGUAUACUGCCAAGCAGAAGGGCAUCAUGAAGAGACACAUCCGUUGCCACACAGGAGAGAGGCCCUUCCCCUGUCCCAUGUGUGGCAAGAGGUUUACAAGACAGGAGCAUCUUCGCAGCCAUGCCCUCAGUGUUCACAGGCACUACUGGCCGGUGUCUUGUAAGAGCUGCAGGCGAACCUUCACUGGAUCCAGCGUUUCACCGGGACUCAGGCGCUUCGGCAUCUGCGACAGUUGCAACUGCGUGACCACCACUCACGAUGAUUCUGCCCCCGUUCACCCAGCCAGCCAACCAGAGCCCAUGGAGCGAGCAGAUGGGGGUACAGAUUGGUCCAGUUUUAUGGACGAUGUGGAUGAGGUGGAGGUUGGCAGAGUGGAGGACUUGGUGGAAAAACAGAUGCUUGAAAGGCAGCUGGCUGUCUGCACUGAUGUUGGUCACACACUGUGAAUAUGUAGCCCACUGUACCACCACUUACAGUCUUAACUGCUCCGCUGUUCAGUUUGUUACUGUGGCCAUACUGUUGAUGUUAAAUUAUUACUGUAAGGUGAGCUUAUUUAUUGAUUCAUUUGUAACCACAAAAUGAUUCCUUGUGACUGUUGGAGGUUGAUUUGCCUUUUUUAAAAUUCUAAAUGUGAUCUUUAAUUUCCUGCCCAUAUCUUUGCACAAUUCAUCAGAUCUACAUUUGCCUGUAUGUGCUGUACAUAAAGAGAAUGUGGCUGUCAAAGCUGUAGUUGUCUGGAGUUUUCAGAGCUUAACAGAAAAUGAAUGAAGUAGCUUGUUACAUGUUAUGACAACAGUUUAUUUAAGAUUACAGUUCACAGAUAAAAGUGCUUUAUUGUUACGAUGGGGCCACUGUUUUUAUUAUUGCAAUAAAUGUGUUGUGUACUGUGGACAUAAUUA